UCGGUCUCUUGGUCAUGAUGUAUCCCAUCUUGUGUAAAGUGAGGUUCGAAACGCUACAUCGGUCAUUUCGGGAGAAGGGACUUUGGAUACAGGUGGGCUUCAGUAUCGUCGUCAAUUGGAUUAUAGCUCCGCUGUUCAUGCUCGGUCUCGCCUGGGCGUUUCUUCCCGACGAGAGGGGCCUUCGAGAGGGUCUUAUCCUUGUCGGUAUUGCUCGAUGCAUUGCCAUGGUCCUCGUAUGGACAGGACUAGCAGGCGGCGAUGGGGAAUACUGCGCAAUUCUAGUCGCCAUAAACUCGAUCUUGCAAAUGGUCCUAUUCGCACCCCUCGCCAUCUUUUUCAUUCGCGUCAUUGGUGGAGCGAAUCACGGUCUAACAAUCGACUAUUCGCUGGCUGCAAAAAGCGUUGGCGUAUUCCUUGGUAUCCCUCUGGGAGCAGCCAUCGUCACCCGUUUCUCCCUUAGGUUCCUGAUCAGCAGAGAGUGGUACGAUAAGCAUUUCUUGAAAUGGAUUAGCCCACUGUCUCUGAUCGGCUUGCUGUUCACCAUCUUGGUUCUGUUCGCGUCACAGGGGCGACAUGUGGUCCACCAGAUCGUAUCUGUUAUCCGAGUAGCGGCUCCUCUGGUCGUCUACUUCGCUGUCAUCUUUGGUGUAACUCUUGCCGUAACACGCCGCUGCGGUUUCGGAUACAGAUUGUCUUGCACGCAGAGUUUCACUGCUGCCAGCAAUAACUUUGAGCUCGCUAUCGCAGUCGCGAUAGCAACAUUUGGCGUGGAUAGCGACCAGGCUUUGGCAGCAACAGUUGGACCUCUCAUUGAGGUCCCCGUGCUUCUGGGAUUAGUAUAUGUGGUCAAGUGGGUUGCCAAAAGACAAAAUUGGGCUCCUUAACCGUCUUGUUGAGCCCAUAUUUAAUACCAUCACAAAACAAUAGACA